AUGGCGCCCAGGAAGGACGGAGACGUGGUGUUCUCUUUCAACGGCAAAUGGGUGUCAUGGACUCAUACAGUCGUCGCAUACGCAGCCUUCCUUGGAGCGUUAAUCGUUGGUGUUUCCCUCCAUUACCACAAGAUUGUGCAGAACGAGCACUAUGGGUACCCCGAUGAAUGGUUUCCCUCUGUUUCGGCCACCAUUGGCGACCGAUACCCUGAGCGAUCAGUCUUUAUGGUCUUUAUUGCCAUUACCUCCGGACCUCGAUUUGCCCUGGUCGCCUUAUGGUACUUCCUUACGAGAAGACCCAAUUCGAAUCUUCCCACGAUCGUCGCAUCCACCGGUUUGUUGAGAACAUUGACAUGUGGAGGAUGGACAUACGUGACAUCUACGGACGACCAUGACUGGCAUGAUAUUUUUAUGAUUUCAUACCUGAUUUUUACGCUCCCCUGGACACUGGGAUGCCUCGCUUUGAGUCCGCCGAAUCCGAAGGCUGUCAAGUACCGCAAAAUUUUGGCUAGCUUGUUCUUUGGCACUCUUGUGCCCUUGAUCUAUUUCUUCAUCCAGCAUAAAAUCCAUAAAGUCGCUGGCGCGUACACCAUCUAUGCCUUCUUUGAAUGGUCUCUGAUCUUGUUCGAUGUGGCUUUUGAUGCGGUCACCGCACUUGACUAUGAAACCUUCGAAUUCGUGAUCAAAGAUGUCAAUGGCUCCACCAGAGGUGAUGCGAAGCUACUGAAGGAUGCUUUGAAAGAGAAAGAACGCGAGAGUCCUCUCAUCCAGACUUCCACCUUCGAUGGACCGUACUAUUGGUCUGCAAUGCUGGACGCCACUGCCGACAUUCUCCAUGGAUUCUUCUUCUGGUCUAUCCUGACCUCUCUCGGCGUCCUGAUAUGGUAUUUCCCGCUCUGGCACAUGGGAAUCUCCGGGUACGAGGUUAUGGUCAUGGCCCCUGCUUCGCCUCUGAUACUCGCCAUCCCGUUUGUUCGAUCUUUCGCAAUCAAGAACCUUCGUUGGCUCCAUAUGUCUUCCCUCGUGGGGCUCGUGGCUUGGUUGGUCAAGGAUCCAUCAUACCGUCUAUUCACCGUCGGAUUUGCUGUCAUGGUGGGCUGCAUAGCCUGGUCAGCAGAGUGGUACGCUGAACGAAGGAACUCGGCGCGGCUUCAGAGGAGAAUCCUGGCGUGGACCAUUGGAUUCGUGCUGUCGAGCAUCGCCAAGUUUGCGAAUCACACCAACAAUCCUAUCUGGCCAAUCCUACACUCCGGAAUUGGCGGUUGGAACAAGACUGGUUUGGUGGUCGCCCUGGCUGCCGUGUGGCGCUCCACCCGCCCAGACAUCUCCAGUAGCGCAGAUUACAUUCCUCCAAAUGCGAAGAAGGGGUCAAGUUUGUUGGCUGGGCUUGGUCUGGGAGGGCUCUUCUUCACUAUGCAUUCUCUUCUCUCAGACUCCAGCACCAUGGUUCUAUGGGUCUGGGAAGGCUAUCCUGUACGAGGUCCAUUGGCAGUGCCCCAUGGUGCGGUCACGAUUGUCGUGAUGAGCCUUGGAUUGUUCCUGGGAGCUGCAAUCCCUGGCUUUUUCGGAUCGUGGACAGCCUACGGGUUGGGAGCUGUCGGUGCGGCCCUGCUCACCGGCUACGCCAACUGGACCGGCUACUAUGGUGGUCUGAUUCUCGCCUUCUACACUAUGGGAGUCGCUCCAGUCCUUAUCUCGUCCGCUGCCCAAUACAGCCCGGCGUCUACCUUUGGCUUCGGCUAUUUCAUGUACAACAUCAUGGUUCUCUUCCAUGUCUGGGUUGUGGCAUACGCAUUCGUCCCGGGAGGCCCCCUAGUCCGAGAACAUACCGAUUGGGUGAUGAUCACUACGAUGCUUCUGAUCGGUGCCGGUGUCUUUUCAGCCUUGACGACCAACUCGGGCUAUCAAGCGAAGAACAAGCCCAGCCCUCGUGGACGGAAGCAAUCCAGCUACUAUCUCCAUAUCCUGCUUGUUUUGCAGCUGUUGACGGCCUCGAUUGCGUAUCUGCGCUUCCCAACCUACGAUUAUGUACCUUACCAUCCAGAAGAGAAGCUUAUAACCGCGGGAAUCUGGACCAUCCACUUUUCGCUGGACAACGACGACUGGUCGUCGGAGCGGAGGAUGCGAGAUGCCAUCAAGGAAUUGGAGCUAGAUGUGGUUGGGUUGCUGGAGUCUGAUCUGCAACGAAUCAUCAUGGGCAACCGCGACACCACGCAGUAUCUCGCCGAGGAUUUGGGCAUGUACGUGGACUAUGGUCCUGGGCCAAACAAGCACACCUGGGGAUCGGCUCUCCUUUCCAAAUUCCCCAUUCUCAACUCCACCCACCAUUUGCUACCGUCGCCGGUGGGGGAACUUGCACCCGCCAUUGAAGCUACACUGGAUGUCUACGGUACUCAGGUCGAUGUAUUUGUCUUUCACUCUGGACAAGAGGAAGAUCCCGAAGACCGGCGACUUCAGACGGAGUUCUUGUCGAGGCGGAUGGGUGCGACGUCUCGACCAGCGAUCUUGCUCAGUUACCUGGUGGUCAAGCCGGGGGAAGGCAACUACAACACCUACGUGAGUGAACUGAGUGGAAUGCACGACAUUGAUGCUCGGGAUUGGGACCGGUGGUGCGAGUACAUCUUGUACAAAGACAUCAAACGCGUGGGGUAUGCCCGGAUCAGUAGGGGUACCAUUACAGACACGGAGAUCCAGGUCGGCAAAUUUGUAGUCGGAGAGCCGGCUUCCUACACGGACGAGAGGAUUCCUGAAGAGCAAGUGCCGCCUGGACGCAGAUUCCCAGCGUUGUUCCGUGGUGAGGGUGUCCGAGGACAUAGAUACCAUGUCUUUGAUGAGCCAUGGUAUUAUGCAUAG